UUCUUAACCUCACAGUUAUGGAUUAAAUUUCAAUCUGUCUCUGGAACUUUUGGAAGUGUUCUGGUUAGCGAAUAUUCGAAUAAGUGGUGCAAUGUUACUUUGAUUUUUUCAUUCCAAUGUGAAAAAUAAAAAAGGACCUUUGUGUAAAGAGUGUGCAAAUUAAGUUUAAUGUAAUAGGUGAAAAAAUGACGGACAAAGUGAAAACCAAAACUGCUUCGACUGAUGUGAGGACUAGACUUGAUAGUUUUUUUACUAUCAACGAAAAGCCGGUAGACGAUAUAUCUUUAGGAAUAUUCUAUAAUCCACAUACAAUUACACUUCUCGCAGUGUCAAUUGCUCUUCUUGUUUAUUUCGCAUUUGUAAGGGACACACAGAGCUUGGAAGAUAACAUAUGGGCUGGCAUCCAAAUAUGUGUUUUCUUCUUUUUGGUGAUCUCCAGUCUAGCAUUUCCAAAUGGACCAUUCACCCGUCCCCAUCCAGUUCUUUGGCGAUUAGUGUUUGGGUUGAGUGUUUUAUAUUUACUAGUAUGCAUAUUUUUGCUCUUUCAAAACUUAGAAACUGUCAAAAGUAUAAUGUACUGGUUUGACCCAAAUUUAAGAAAUUUUCAUAUAGAUAUGGACAAGGAAUAUGGUGUGAAUUGUUCUGAUAUUACUGUUGAGAGGAUCUGGAGUCAUAUGGACGUUUUUGCUGUGGGACAUUUUCUAGGGUGGUUGUUUAAAGCCAUUCUCAUAAGACAUAUGGGUAUUUUAUGGGCCAUAAGUUGUAUGUGGGAAAUAACAGAGAUAGCAUUUGCUCAUUUAUUGCCAAACUUCAUUGAGUGUUGGUGGGAUGCCAUCAUUCUAGAUGUUAUUGUGUGCAAUGGACUUGGAAUCUGGUGUGGAUUAAAAAUAUGUAGAAUGUUAGAGAUGAGAGAAUAUCGCUGGGUUGGAAUAAGAGACAUCCACUCAACCACUGGUAAAAUCAAAAGAGCAGUGCUGCAAUUCACUCCAGAAAGUUGGACUUCUGUACGCUGGUUAGACCCGAAAUGUUCUUAUAUGAGAAUUAUAGCUCUUGUGCAAUUGGUUAUAUUCUGGCAGACAUCAGAAUUGAACACCUUUUUUUUAAAACAUGUUUUUGAAUUACCUUCUAAUCACCCUUUUGUUAUUGGGAGAUUACUUCUCAUUGGCAGUUUUGUGGCCCCUUCUGUCCGUCAAUAUUAUAGUUAUGUCACUGACACCACAUGCAAACGUGUAGGUACACAAUGUUGGGUGUAUGGCUGUAUCAUGGUAGCUGAAGCACUGUUGUGUAUAAAACAUGGCAGAUUACUGUUUGAACGUACCCAAGCUCUCAAUAUUAUAAUAUGGUUAUGUAUUAUGUUCAUAGUUUCCACGGGCUGUGUUAUUGGUUGUGUUAAGUAUCAUAAAUAUUUCGAUAAAGAUGUACCUACCUCUAGUUCUAUUAAAAGUACAAAUAAAAUUGAAGAAAGUCAGAAAAAAGAAGAUUAAUUGAUAAAUAAUUCUAGUCUGUGUCUAUGGAUAGUUUAAUAUUAUUAUUUUGAAAAGUAGAUAUUAAUUAGCGCAAUUUACUAUUAUCCUUGAAUAUUGUACAACACUCAGUGAAAUAAUUUUUUCAAUUGAAGCGAAUGAACUGUUGUAUGUAUAGUUAAAUCUCACCCAGUAUAUAUUUCAAUUCAGUAGUGUAAACAUUACCCAAAAUAUCUAAAUCUUCACAAAAAGCUCAAACCAAUAUUCAGUUUCUAAAUGAAUCUUAUCAUUUCAAACUUUUUUUCAAUAAUUCAUGAUCUAAGAAUUGUGUUCAAUGAUGACAAAUAUAAAAAAAUAAAUAAAUUUAUUCAACAGGGUUUUUUUUUUGAAUGGGCAGAUUCCUUUUACAAGUCUAAGUUCAUUCAUUAGAGGGGGAAUCUUGAAAUAUGUGGUUAAAUAUUAAUCAAUGAGAUGUUCAGUAAUUUAUUUAUAUAAAAAACAUAUACCUGAAAGAUUUCCAUCCAUCAGUUUUAUAUAUUCAUGUAUUAAAGCUUUCUACUGCUAGAAAUUAGUAAUAACAGUAUGAGCAUGGCAUGACACCAUAAAAGUCAGGGUAUGUUUGAAGUUUCACUUAUUCUUUGUAACUUUGGUUUGAUUUUCGCAAUAUUUUUAUUCAAUGUUUUUUACCAAAGAAGCCCAUUAAGCGUUUUUUGGGAAAAUGAUAAAUAUAAGAACUUUCAUUUAUGACCUAGUUAUUAACCUGCUUGUCCAUUCUGCAUUUUUUUACUAAUAAGAUUAAUCAGCUAGGAAAUAUAUCAUAUUAAUUGAUGUGAUUUAUUUCAACUAUAAGAGAUAAAAAAAUAAAAUUAAAUACUGACCUUGAGAUACUUCAUUUUUACAUAUUUUGAUGUUUAGACCAAAAUUUAAAUUUUCAGGAUCAGUUAUUGUUUUUGUCUACAAAACUAACAUCUAUUCGUAAUAUCAUUUUGUAAUAAAACAUUGACUUGUAAUUCAUUUAAUAAGUGCCAUAUAUGAAUUAUUAGUAUUUCGGAUUGUGAUAUUUGUAUCCUGUUUUUGGGUAACUUAUUCAAGGUUAUUUUGGUUUUGAAAUCAAAGAGUGAAUGAAAUCAUUUGAUGAAGUAAAAUAUUCUGUAAGCAAUAUUUAGAAAGUCGUUUUUUUUUGUUGAAUUAAACAGUUACAAUGUU